AUGAUGAGCUUCGGCGCCGCAGACGCGCUACUAGGCGCUCCUUUCGCGCCGCUGCAUGGAGGCGGCAGCCUGCACUAUGCGCUGUCCCGCAAGGGCGGCACGGGAGGGUUGCGCUCGGUGGCCGGCUCCUCCAGCGGCUUCCACUCGUGGCUGCAGAAGGCGCAGGCGCUGCAAGAAGAGUGUGGCUGCCUGCACCAAUACCACCAAGAGGAGUUUGGUGAGCUGCUCGGCCAGAUUCAGGGCCACAGCGCCGCGCAGGCGCAGGCCGAGGCGCACGACGCCCUCAAGUGCGACGCGACGUCGGCGCUGCGCCAGAUCCGGCAGCUCGAAGGCCAUGCGGUGCAGAGAAUGGUGCAGUCCGAGGAGUGGUUCCGAGUGAGGCUGGGACUGUCGGAGGCAGCCAAGGUGAAUACCGAUGCCAUGCACUCAGCGCAGGAGGAAAUAACUGAGUACCGGCGUCAGCUGCAGGCCAGGACCACAGAGCUGGAGACGCUGAAAAGCAGGAAGGAAUCACUGGAGAGGCAGCGCUCUGAGCUGGAGGACUGUCAUCAGACUGACAUUGCGUCCUACCAGGAAGCCAUUCAGCAGCUGGAUACUGAGCUCAGGAACACCAAGUGGGAGAUGGCAGCCCAGCUCCGCGAGUACCAGGACCUGCUCAAUGUCAAGAUGGCUCUGGAUAUUGAGAUUGCUGCCUACAGAAAAUUCCUGGAAGGUGAAGAGUGUCAGAUUGGUUUUGGCCGGAGUCCUUUCUCCCUUUCAGAAGGACUCCCUAAAACCCCCUCCAUGUCCACUCACAUAAAGGUCAAAAGUGAAGAGAAGAUCAAGGUGGUAGAAAAGUCAGAGAAGGAAGCUGUGAUUGUGGAGGAACAGACAGAGGAGAUUCAAGUGACUAAAGAAGUAACUGAAGAAGAGGAGAAAGAAGCUAAAGAAGAAGGCAAGGAGGAGGAAGGGGAAGAAGAGGAGAAAGCAGGAGAAGAAGAAGCAAAGUCUCCCUCAGCUGAAGAGGCUACAUCACCAGAGAAGGAAACCAAGUCAGUGAAAGAAGAAGCCAAGUCACCAGCUGAGGCCAAAUCCCCUGAGAAGGCCAAGUCUCCUGUGAAGGAAGAAGCAAAGUCACCGACUGAGGCCAAGUUACCAACUGAGGCCAAGUCACCGGCUGAGGCCAAGUCCCCUGAAAAGGCCAAGUCCCCAGUGAAGGAGGAGGUGAAAUCGCCAGCUGAGACCAAGUCUCCAAACAAGGCCAAGUCCCUGGCAAAAGAAGAAGCAAAAUCUCCAGUGGAGGUCAAGUCCCCUGAGGAGGCCAAGUCCCUGGUAAAGGAAGAAGCGAAGUCCCCUGAGAAAGCCAAGAUUCUUGACGUGAAGUCUCCAGGAGCCAAGACCCCAGUGAAGGAGGAGGCGAAAUCGCCAGCUGAGGCCAAGUCUCCUGAGAAGGCCACGUCCCUGGUGAAGGAAGAAGCAAAAUCUCCAGUGGAGGUCAAGUCCCCUGAGGAGGCCAAGUCCCUGGUAAAGGAAGAAGCGAAGUCCCCUGAGAAAGCCAAGAUUCUUGACGUGAAGUCUCCAGGAGCCAAGACCCCAGUGAAGGAGGAGGCCAGGUCCCCUGCAGAUGCCAAAUCCCCAGAAAAGCCCAAAAGCCCUAUCAAGGGGGAGUCCAAGACCCCAGAGAAGGCCAAAUCUCCUGUAAAGGAGGAUGCCAAGGCUCCUGAGAAGGAGACCCCAAAGAAGGAAGAGUUGAAGUCCCCCGUGAAAGAGGAGAAAAAGCCUCAGAAGGUUAAAGUCAAGGAGCCUCCAAAGAAAGUGGAGGAAGAGAAAGCUCCAGCUGCACCAAAAACCGAGGAGAAGGAGAGCAAGAAGGACGAGGUUCCCAAGAAGGAGACCCUCAAACCCGAGGCUGAGAAGAAAGAGCCUGAAGUAGAAAAGUCCAAAGUAUCCAAAGUUGAAGCCAAGAAGGAAGAGGCUGAAGACAAGAAAAAAGCAGCAACCCCAGAGAAGGAAGCCCCUGCCAAGACGGAGGUGAAAGAGGAGGCUCCACCCAAAGAGAAGACUGAAGGGGCCAAGAGGGAAUCACACAAUGCCAAGGCCAAAGAACCCACCAAACCAACAGAGAAGGAGCCAGAGAAGCCAAAGAAGGAAGAGACACCGGCAGCACCAGAGAAAAAAGACACUAAGGAGGAGAAGGCCACAGAGGCCAAGAAGCCUGAGGAGAAACCCAAAACAGAGGCCAAAGCCAAAGAGGAUGACAAAACCCCCUCAAAAGAGCCCAGCAAGGAGGCCCCUACACCCAGCAAACCCAAGACGGAAAAGGCUGAAAAACCUAGCACAGAACAAAAAGACAGCAAACCUCCAGAGAAGGCCACAGAAGACAAGGCCUCCAAGGAGGAGAAGUAAGGCAGAAAGGUAGGAACUUCCAGAACAGCCAAAGAAACGUAGGAGGGUCCCGGAGCUUGAGGGUCAGUGUA